AAGUCCUAUCAUGAGACCUCCCCCAUUUAGAGCUGCAAUGGUCCGUAUUCGCGAGUUCAACUCUGGUAGAGGCUGGCGGGGAGACGAUGGCAUGGAGGCAAAUAAUCUUCAAAGCGAGAGCGAUUUCCAUCUCCCCACAGCCGCAUCCAACUCCUGGGUUAUCUAGAUUCUUCUCCAAAGCAUCUCUUUAUGUAGAAAAGGUUGGCAUACCAGAGUUUUUAAAUGGAAUUGGGAAAGGGGUUGAGUCCCACGUGGCUAAGCUUGAAUCUGAGAUUGGUGACUUUCAGAAGCUGCUCGUCACUCGCACUCUCAAGCUCAAGAAACUUGGCAUUCCAUGCCAACAGAGGAAGCUGAUAUUGAAAUAUGCCCACAAGUAUCGGCUGGGACUCUGGAGGCCUCGACCUAAGCCUUUGAAAUCGUAAUUAGUUUCUUAGUAACUAGUCAUUUAAGGAUUUAAGAGCAAGAUGGUUGUCGACUGGAGAACAUGAUAGCUAGACAUUUACGCAUGAAACUGUUUUUGUCUUGAAGAGUUUUAGCAUCUAAAUGUUUGAAAGCUUUUUGAAGAAUUUAAUGGACAGGAUUCGUUGGUUUAAUUC